CAAUCGUAUCGAUAGGCAUUGAUGCACCCAUAUUUUGUACAUCCCUACACUGUUGCAUUUGCAUAGCCAAAAAAAAUGCCAACCUAAAUAGUUGACUUUGCGUUUAUUGUAUUUCGAUUUCGAUAAAGGCGAAUACAUUUUGUGAUUCCAAUACCCGUAUCCCCCUCCCUCCUACAGCAAAGAAAACGACUCGAGAUGAGCGACGCAUGCGAACGGGAGCAGCGCAGCGAAAAGUGCGCCUCGCCGAAAACUGCAUCAGCCACGGCGUCGAUGACGUUGGCGUCAACAGCCUUGGAAUCGCAGUCACACAACACAGCAGGACAACAGCAGCAGCAAGAAAUAUCAUCCAUGGCCAGUGGCAGUACACCAUCAUCAACAGCGCCAGCUGCUGGACGACAACAACAGCAGCAACUGCUGCGUCCCAACGAGAGCGACAUGCGAGAGCUGCGCGAGAUUAUACACUUGCUGUGGGGCGACAGUGUGCGCGAAGAUGUAUUCAAGCGUUGGUCUCAAGGUUUUGAGUUUAGUGAUGUGGAGCCCUCGGCUUUGGUGCAAAAACAGGGCGGUCCUUGUGCUGUGAUAGCGCCCGUGCAGGCGUACUUGCUUAAGAUAAUUAUCAUGGAAAUGCCAGGCAUACAAUUAACAAAGCUGCCCAGUGACAAAUGCCAGAGUUUGCUCAUCGAAGCUUUGUGCAACAUAUUGAAGAACUGCCGGGCGCCGCGUUAUAAAAUUGUCACACUGCAACGGCGAUCAACCAAAGAGCGUCGCCUGACGCCGCCCACUGAUGCAAUUGAAGCGGCUGUUGAGGCGGAGGAGACAAUUGGAAUUGAUGCGGCUGGUAACGCCGCUCCAGCUGCUGCUACUGUCGCUACCAAAAACGAUGCAGCAUUGGUCACCACACGCUUGAAUUUGGAACUGACACCAGAUCAAUUUCAUGAGCGCCUGCACACGCUCCACUUUGAGCACAUUGCCGAGGUGGCUCGCUACUAUGUGGAAAACUAUAGUCAGCUAUCGAAUACGUACGGUGUGCUGUUGUUUAUGUAUUCGGUAUUCCUAACCAAGGGCACCGAGCAGGUGACAUCUGAUAUAUCGGACACAUCGGAGCCGCUGAUACACAGCACAUAUGGCUAUGGGGCACAAUCGUUGAUCAAUCUGAUGCUAACUGGACGCGCCGUUGCCCAUGUCUGGGACAAUGAGCAGGAUGUGGGCGGUCUAAAGCUGCGCGGCAUUUGUGAGCAAAGCGAUAUUGGAUUUAUAACACUAAUGGAGCAAAUGCGCUACUGUACAGUGGGCUCGUUUUUUAAGAAUCCACGCUACCCAGUUUGGGUAAUGGGCUCUGACACGCAUUUAACUGUUUUGUUUAGCAAUGAAAAGAGGCUCGUCUCGCCAGAGACACCAUCGGAGACGGGACGUCGGAUCUUUAAAUCUUACGAUCCGGAGGGCAACAAUUUCAUAUCGAGCACCUUGCUCCGUGAUGUGCUAGCCGCAUUGAAUUUGGUCAGCGAGCCGGGAUAUGUUAGUCUCAUGCAAAAGCGUUUGGAUCCAGAGAAUCUCGGCAUUAUACUUUUGAAUGCCUUCAUGGAUGAAUUCUUUCCGCUGGAGCGCCGCUCAACGCCGGACACGUUCGAGCUGCUGCACUACAAUGGCAUACCCGGCUCUAACGAUAACAACAAGGUGCGCUAUUACUGUGGCUCGGCCAUUUUGCUGGAGGGCGAUCUCAAGUCGAUUUGCACCUCAAAUCCGAUGGUCACCUGCCUGCAGACCAAGUGGCCCAACAUCGAGAUCAAUUGGCAUGAUGCACACAUGCCCUCCUUGAAUUGACGUCCUUAUUGAAAAGAUGAAAGAUGUUAAAGCAAAGGCAAAGUCAACCACAACAAAAAUAACAACAACAACACACAAAACAACAACAACAACAACAACUAGAGAGCAAAAGUAGCAGCAAAAAAAAAAAAACAAAAACUAAAACUAAAAAAAAAAACAAAAUGAUGCCAUGCACAUCUUUAUUUCAAA